GCACCAUGUCUAGGGAUCCUGCGAUCCUUGCCGUCCCGCCCCGCAAUCCGUCUGCCAUUUGCACGCUACAAUGAACCCAGAGGCAUUUGCAGCAUUAACGGGCGGUAUAGUACUAUUCCUAGGCCUCCGAGGCCGAAUGGUUCAAGGAGACAUCGCCGCAGCUACCCUCGCGGCAUCGUACUUUUCAAUGGUCAUCCUAUACGCUACUGUCCUCCGCCCAGAGUGUAGCCUCCUCGCAACUCUCGGGCAUACAGUAUACCUUGUCUUGCAGACAUUUGCUGCGCUGUGGGCAUGUUUCAUCGCCUAUCGCAUCUCGACCCUGCACCCGCUGUACAACUUCCCCGGCCCAGUGCUAAACCGCGUCACCGAGCUGCCCUUGGCGUACACUGCGGCCCGUCUUAGGCGGCACCUCUAUCUAUGCCGGCUACACGAAAUAUAUGGACCGAUUGUGCGCACAGGACCGAACAGCAUCUCAAUCAACUCCAAGUCCGCUGUGUAUAGGAUCCACAAGUCUGCACAAUGCUUCAACAAAACGGACGCCUACGACCUGCACCUCAAGGGCGAGGGGGUGUUCUUCAUCAAGGAGCGCGACCGACACGCACUACGACGACGGCCGUGGAAUCGCGCCAUGUCCCACGAAGCUAUUCAAGAGUACAUUGAGCCGCUUUUCCGGACUACUCAAGCUCUUGUCGAUCGGUUGACGGGGGAUACACAAGCGAAGGGCUCUGUGGACUUCGUCAGGUGCGUUACACAAUGGUCGUUCGAUACAGCGGCUCUAAUCACAUUUGGCGGAAACGGCACAGAAAUGAGCCUGCUGGCCUCCGACGACCCCGACGAUUUGGCAGAAAAACCCAUGAUCUCGCUCGCGUCUUUCGAGUUCUUCAGCCACUUCCCUUGGCUAUUCCACAUCCUAAAGCACUUUCCCUCUUCCGUCUUCCGGCAGGUCGAGGAGUUCUCCCUGAAGCAAGCCGAGCGACGUCUGCAGGCGGAGAAGAUACAGUUCAAGGAUGUCUUCUCCUAUUGGAUUGAGGACACAGAGCGGCCUAACCUGGACGAGCUCGCGACGGACUCGCUAGCAGCCAUUGUGGCAGCGACCGAAACCUUGAGCUCGAUGACUUCACUCGUGUUCUUCUUCAUUCUCUCCAACCCACACUGGCACCGCACCCUCUGCGCCGAGCUCCGCGCGGCGUUCCCCACGCAUGCGCCGCUCUCCGCCUCCCCCGCCUCCGCGGACACUCUGGAUACGCUGCCCGUUCUCACCGCCGUCAUCCAGGAGUCGUUCCGGCUAGGCGGCAUCUUCUCGGGACUGCCGCGCGUCGUGCCCCCCGGCGGCGCGACCGUCGACGGGCAUCACCUCCCCGCGGGCACCACGGUGUCCGUCCCGAUCUACGCACAGCACCUCUCCGAAGACAACUUCGGUGCUGAGCCGGCCGCGUUCAACCCCGCGCGGUGGCUUGGACCCGGGGCGGGUGCCGACAGGAACGCGCUGCUGACGUUCGGCGCGGGCCCGUUCAACUGCGUCGGGCAGCGCCUGGCGUACAAGCAGACGCGGCUCGUGCUCGCGUGUGUGUUCCUGCUGCUCGACGUCGAGCUCGUGGACGGGUUCGAUGCGGCGAGGUUCUGGGCGGGGGUGGGGAACCUCCGCGCGACGGUGAUCAGGGAGCCGCUCAAGAUGGUGGUGCGGCGCUGGUCCGCGGGCAACCCCGGCGUCGUCUUCCCGGCGUCGGCGUGAACCUUGAGCUUGCGCUUCUGUUUCUGUACCGUGUACUGGAAACUCUCGUGCAUCAUGAUAUUUCGACUACUCGUAUGACCGCACUCAGAAUGCCGGAGACGUGAGUUUUGUCAAGCGACAUAUAUGCGGAACAACUGCCUCCGGAGACGUGCUAUGAUGAGGGGUUUCUGUUUCCUAUGAUCGUAUCCCAGAACUCUUGGAGUGCCGCCGUCUUGCUUCCAUUUGCUCUGCCUUCGUACCCCGCUUUUGCGACACAGACUUGUAUCAACACUGACAUGUCUUUGAUACUAGAUG